AUGGCAGGUCAAUGGACACUGCUUCGGCGCUCUGCGCUGUUGCUGGAGCGCGGAACGAGUGCGUCUGCAGGUCUGACACUGAGUUUCCGCCACUUCGGCGCUCUAUCGGUACCAAAGCCGCGCUCACAUGGUCACUUCAAGGGCAAACGUCAACAGCAGGAGCCUGCAGCGGGCAAGGCGGAGCCCAACCAGCAAAACAACAACAAUAACAACAACAAACAGCGGCCUAAACGUCGCCGCUCCAAGAAGUCGGUAGAAAAGGAGGCACCGGUGUUCACUAACAAGUUCCAGAACCUGCUGAGCUUUGCUUUUGAAGACGUAGCGGACGAGCAGCCAAUCACAGACUUAAAGAAGCCGUCGUCCCUGGGCCUACUGGACGGUAUCGGAGUUGCACCCAAAGAAGAUGACAGCCCUGAGAUCACACUGGCACAGCUUGGGCUCGAUGUCUUUGAUGACGACGACACGUUCACCAAGCGACAGCCAAAGCAUCCGCGACAGAAGCCCAAGAAGACCAAACUCUUUACCGGUAACAAUGACCCAUCCACGGUACUAGCGGCUCUGGGUAUCCCAUCCGAUGGAGAGAGCGAUCGCGUUGAAUCUCCACCCUCCAGUCGCAAGGCCAUCAAGAUGAACACGAAACGCAAGAAAGGAACGCGCAACCUGGUCAAGAAUUUCCAGUUUGAGAACAGCAUCUUCGACUCGACGGCAGAUCUAUUCGGAGAUAUUGACUGGGAGGACCGCAGUGACACGGAAGACCGCGAACGGCGUCGCUCCCAGAGAAUGCAACGCAAGGAAUCCAAGCGGAAACCCAAGGAGGAGCUGCCGGCGCAAGAGGUGGAGAUUCCAACGUCACUGACGGUCAAGGAUCUGGCUGAACUUAUGAGCGUCAAGACCCGUGUGGUUUUCCGUGCACUCAAAGAACUGGGCGAGAACGGACUGAACGAGGAAUCAGUGCUGACAAACGACAUUGCUGAGCUCGUGGUGGACUCGCAGAACAUGAUCCCGGUGCUGCUGCCUCCGGACUUUGUCGAUCUGGAGUUAACGAACCCGCCCGUGGACUGUUCGCAGUUCCAAGUGCGACCACCUAUUGUGUCUGUGAUGGGCCACGUUGACCACGGCAAAACCACACUGCUAGAUGCGCUACGCAAGUCGAAGGUGGCAGCCUCAGAGGCAGGAGGUAUCACACAACGCAUCGGAGCCUUCUCAGUGGACAUGGGCAAGAAGUUUGGCUCUCAAGCGAAGGUGACCUUCAUCGAUACGCCUGGUCACGCUGCGUUCAGCAACAUGCGGUCUCGUGGCUCAGAGCUCACCGACCUGCUCGUCCUGGUGGUAGCAGCCGACGACGGUGUACGUCCUCAGACUGUUGAAGUGGCGCGUCUGGCAAUCAAGAACAAUGUGCCGCUUGUGGUGGCUGUCACAAAGAUGGACAUGCACGAACAUGACAAGGGUGAGGUGAUGAACCGCCUGGGCUCCGAACUGCUGAACCAAGGGAUUGUAGUCGAGAGCAUGGGUGGAGAUACCCCCAUGGUCUGUGUGUCUGGUAAGACCGGCGAGGGUCUAGACCAACUCAAGGAGACCAUUGCUCUUCACGCUGAAAUGCUGGACCUGCGUGCUGAUGCCAAGGUGUCAGGUGAAGCUAUUGUGCUAGAAGCCAAUGUGGCACGGGGCGUCGGUACUCAAGUGGACACAAUUGUCAAGUGGGGUACCCUCAAGCAGGGGUCGUUUGUUGUUUGCGGAAUGGAAUACGGAAAGGUGCGCGCUCUGGUCGACGAAGCUGGAAAGCGUGUUAAGCAAAUGACACCUGGUCACCCCGUGCGAGUGAUCGGAUUGAAGGGGUUGCCUGAAGGUGGCGUAGCGUUGCUAUCUGUGCCGACUGAAGAACGCGCCAAGGAGGUUGUGGCAGCGCGUCAGGCCAUGAUUGACUGGGACCAAAUGGCAAAGGCCGACGAUGAAGAAGCGGAUAGUCAGGGUGAUGACAGUGGAACCCCGCGCCGUCGUCGACGUUUUGCUGGUGCUCGUCGUAAAUGGGAGCAAGUGGAGCUACGCCGACGAGAAGCUGUCGAAGAGGCGAAGCGCGUGGCAGCACUGAAGCCUGGAGACGAGGGCUACAUCGCCAACGUGGUUCCCAUCAUCGUCAAGACGGACUCUGUGGGUGUCAUUGCGGCUAUCGAUGAGCUAAUUGCAACCCUACCAAGCGAUGAGGCAGCGAUCAAGUGCAUCAUGUCCGCAGUGGGGCCUGUAACCUCGUCUGACCUCGUUAUGGCUGAAGCUACGGGUUCUACAAUCUACUCGUUCAAUAUUAAGCAUCCGGCUUCUAUUGACCAAGAAGCACUACAGAAGCAAGUGACUUUGCGUCAACACCGCAUAGUAUACAGUCUGUUAGAUGACAUCAAGGAGUUGCUACAAGACAACCUCAAGGGUGUGGUGGUCCACGAGGUGAUUGGUUCAGCUGAAGUGAUCCAGUCGAUCCCGAUCUCAACGUCUGGAACCCGUACUACCAACAUUGCUGGCUGCAAGGUGACUUCAGGGUCGCUCAACAUGCAGGCCAAGUACCGUCUCGUGCGUGAUGGAGAGACUAUCCUCGAGAACGUGGACAUGGCGUCCAUGCGUCACUUCCAGCAGAAGGUGUCGGAGGUGAACAAGGGCCAGGAAUGCGGACUUCAGCUUGCAGGCACGGACGAGUUCCAACCUGGUGACAUUCUCGAGGCGUACACGACCAAGGUGGUGAAGCCCGAGAUCUAA